AUGUCGGACCCGAUACUGGUCCCAUUUGACCAUACGUAUAUCCUCUACGACCCUAGAGAUCCAUUAUCGCUGGUUUUCGCGUUAUGUUCCUUGUAUCCAAUUGGAGUGCUCGUGUUCUACUUCUCGUGGUUCGUCACCACAAGAGAGAUUGAAGCGGUCAUCAUUGCUGGAGGGCAUGUUGUUAAUGAUCUCUUCAAUGUUAUUGCAAAGAAUUUUCUCAAGCAUUCUCGUCCCGGCUCCAUUCACACCAAGUUUGGAUCUGGUCACGGGUUUGGCUACGGCAUGCCAAGUGCGCACUCUCAGUUCAUGGGGUUCCUGAGUUUCUACUUCAUUCUCAAAGUUUGGCUCCAAUGGGAAAAUAUACGAUACAACAGAACCUACAAAGUUUGUGGAACGUUAGCACUGCUGUUCUCGGCUGCAGUUGUGGUAAUGUCGAGACUGUACCUGGAGUACCAUUCAGUCAACCAGGUCAUAGUGGGAUAUCUGUUCGGAGGCCUUUUGGGGUGUGGAUAUUUUUGCGUGAUAAGCAUCGCCAGAACAGUUGGAUUUAUUCGGUGGAUCACAUCGUGGCGAUUUUGUCAGUUACUACAGGUUCGUGACUCUUGGGUUGAAGGAGGUCUCUCAUUGAAGCAAACUAGAGAGAGAUGGGAGCAGGAGAGUAAUGAAAGAUGCGAGAUGCAGGAGAGGAAGAGAAUAUGA